CUCAUCACAGUCAUCCACCGGCUCAGAUCCGAGCAGCACACUCCUAGUAUAAUAAUAGAAUAUAUAAAUAUAAAAAUGAAAUUGUUUGUGGUAGCUGCUAUCCUCGGUGCCUGCUUGGCAGACCGACUCGAUAAUAAGUAUCUGCCACCGAGAGGAAAUGAUGGUGCUGGCUACAAUGGAGCUGGUUUCGGGGCCGCCCCUGGCGCUGGCGGUUUCAAGUCCGGCGGCGGUUUCGGCUCUGGUGGCUUUGGAGGAGCCGGUGGCUCUGGAUUUGGACAGAGCUCAGGAUUUGGCGGUAGAACAGGAGGCUUCGGACAAGGCGCCGGUAUCGGUGGAGGCGCUGGUCAAGGCUACGGAACCCAAUACUCAGGCAAUGCCUACAACGCCCCAGCUCAACAAUACAGCAGCAGCCGCCCUCAAGACGCUGGUGCUCAAAUCCUGAGAUCGAACAGCGAAGUAACCGCUGAAGGAUUCUCUUACGACUUUGAGACCUCCAACGGAAUCCGAGCUGAUGCUUCUGGUGUUGCCACCAAUGGAGUCCAAUCUCAAGGCAGCUUCGCAUACAAGGGUGAUGAUGGCCAGGACUACAGCAUCUCGUACACUGCUGACGAGAACGGUUACCAACCCCAGGGUGCUCACCUCCCAACCCCCCCUCCGAUCCCAGAAGCCAUCUUGAAGUCUUUGGAACAGAAUGCUCGUGAUGAGGCUGCUGGCAUCUCUGACGAUGGCUCCUACCGCGGUGAGGGCGCUGGUGCUGGCGGUUACUCAGGAUCUGCAGGUGGUGCUGGAGCCGGUUACGGUCGCGGUGCUGGAUCUGGUUUCGGUGGAGGCGCUGGCUCUGGCUUCGGUGGGGGCGCCGGCUCUGGCUUCGGUGGGGGCGCCGGCUCUGGUUUUCGCGGCGGUGCAUCCGGCUUCGGUGGUGCUGCCUCCCGCCAGUACUUGGCUCCUAACGCUGGUCCUCGCCCAUCUGGUUCCGGCAACUUCAACUCCCAAACCGGUUAUAGAUACUAAAUGAAUUCUACUGAUGGAAGGGUCAAAAUAUGAUGGUUUUUGUUGCAACUUCAAUCUCGUUGGAUUGAUUGUCAAAAAUUUUAAUAUAUUCGAUUAUGCAACUGUAGCUUUAAAUUCCUAUUUUACAAAUUUCAAUGCACUAUUAUAAAAUGCACAUUAAUUUAUUAUUCUGGCCUGUCGAUUCUUAUCACUUUUUCAGUUUUAAAUUUUCUUUUUCUGAAUUUAAUUUCAUUUAUUUAUAAAUAUGAAUCUUUAAUUCUUUAACUGCAUCUUCCCAAACCCCUCCAUCGCCAUGAUAUUGUGAUAUAUUAACGAUACUGCCUUGCCAAUUUAUAGUUAUUGUUCAAUUUACUUCUAGAAAUUCUUUUUAUCCUGCUCUGUUUCUGUCUAUAAUGUGAUCUCAAAUCAUUCAACUUUCCGCUUGUAAACUUGAUUUCUUGUCAAAAUACUCGUUAAGUUUUAUACUCAGCUAUGUAAAUGGACAGUACUAGGAGUAAGAGAAAAUGUUUAAAAAAAUGUAUUUUUGUACUAUAAACUAGAUGUAAGUUUUGUAAAUACGAAAUCAAUAUACGAUGUGUAAAGCA